GAAAAUACGGAACCAAUAAUCCCGAGUCUAAAAAUGGAAUAGUUAUUGAAUACGACAUCUGCGUUUAUUUCAAACAUUGUAGGUAGAGGCUCAAACACACUUCCUUUUUCGCAUAUCGCGUCACCCGAGUUUAGGUCGCGUUCUAUAUUUAAAUCUUUUAAUUCGUGUUCUUUUAUUUUUAUUUUUUAAUAACACGCUGUAUUAUUUUACGUACUAAAUAUAGACCCCGUCUCAUCGGCCGAUACGAAUACAUGAAAUGAUGUAUUCACGUGAAGCUCGCGUGUCUACUUUUUGAGGCGGAGGCACACGUCACGUCUUUCCCAAGUAGAUAAUUCGCCUUUGAGUUCAAUGAGUGGAGAGUGGACAUGAACUGAAAGGCCGAAAAUAAACGCCAAAACAUUUGACAUCUGCGAUUUUUUUCACCACCCAUCACACAGAAGAUGCGAGGAUGAGUCAACCACAGCAGAAUGAGUUCAUUCCUCCCCCGGAGUGUCCUGUUUUUGAGCCCAGCUGGGAGGAAUUCGCCGAUCCGUUUGCGUACAUCAACAAAAUACGACCUAUUGCAGAGAAAACUGGCAUCUGCAAAGUUAGACCCCCGCCUGACUGGCAGCCACCAUUUGCUUGUGAUGUGGACAGAUUGAAAUUCACGCCAAGAAUUCAGAGGCUGAAUGAGUUAGAGGCUCAAACCAGAGUGAAGCUCAACUUCUUGGACCAAAUAGCAAAGUUUUGGGAGCUUCAAGGCUGCACAUUAAAAAUUCCACAUGUGGAAAGAAAGAUUUUGGACCUGUACCAGCUUAAUAAGCUGGUUCAUGAAGAGGGAGGCUUUGAGGCAGUCUGCAGGGAUCGUCGCUGGACUAAAAUAUCUGUCAAGAUGGGCUUCGCCCCAGGAAAGGCCAUUGGCUCUCAUCUUCGUGCGCACUAUGAGAGGAUCCUGUACCCUUAUAACCUGUUUCAGACUGGAGCCAAUCUGCCUAAGGCCACCUUGACAAAUGACACUAAAGACAAGGAGUACCAUCCGCAUGACCUGCCUCAGCGCCAGUCUGUGCAGCCACAGGAGAUCUGCAGCAUUGCUCGACGCGCUAAAAGGAUGAGAUCUGAAAGAGUUAAAUACGAACCUGGGGAAAUUUGUGAGAAUCGGCCCAAUCUGCGGAGGAGGAUGGGAACGUUUGUCGCCAAACCGGAGCCAAUUGAGCGCAUGGUUUCGAAAGCUAGUUAUGGGAGAAUGGGACCCACCGAAGUGAAAAAUGAGCCAAUUUUACAGGAAUUGGAAGACGUUAAGGAAUGCACUGUCAAUAAACCUAUUGAGAGUAAAGUGGAGCAGUACUUGUGUCUGGUAUGUGGCAGUGGCACCGCUGAGGACCGUCUGCUGCUGUGUGAUGGCUGUGAUGACAGUUAUCACAUCUUCUGUCUGAUUCCUCCGCUCCAUGAAGUACCCAAAGGAGACUGGAGAUGCCCUAGAUGCCUUGCACAUGAAUGUGGCAAACCUCCUGUAGCAUUUGGUUUCGAGCAGGCCAGCCGUAGCUAUACGCUUCAAGCCUUUGGAGAUAUGGCAGAUUCUUUCAAGUCAGAUUAUUUUAACAUGCCAGUUCAUAUGGUUCCUACUGAGCUUGUGGAGAAGGAAUUUUGGAGACUAGUCGGUACAAUCGAGGAGGAUGUGACUGUUGAAUAUGGAGCAGACAUUGCCUCCAAGGAGUUUGGGAGUGGUUUUCCUCUGAGAAACAGCCAUUUUGAAGUCUCCCCAGAUGACGAGCAUUAUCUGAGCAGUGGCUGGAACCUGAACAACAUGCCGGUGCUGGAUGCAUCCGUGUUGACACACAUCACAGCGGACAUCUGUGGAAUGAAGUUGCCUUGGCUGUAUGUGGGCAUGUGCUUCUCUUCCUUCUGCUGGCAUAUUGAGGACCACUGGAGCUACUCUAUAAACUACCUUCACUGGGGGGAACCGAAGACGUGGUAUGGAGCCCCGGGCUACGCUGCAGAGCACCUCGAGUCGGUCAUGCGGAAGCUGGCCCCGGAGCUGUUUGAGUCUCAGCCAGACCUCCUUCACCAGCUGGUCACAAUCAUGAAUCCCAACACUCUGAUGAACAAUGGCGUCCCGAUUUAUCGGACGAACCAGUGUGCCGGAGAAUUUGUCAUCACAUUCCCAAGAGCUUACCACAGUGGCUUCAACCAGGGGUUUAACUUCGCUGAGGCUGUCAAUUUCUGUACCAUGGACUGGAUGCCAAUCGGUCGUAACUGUGUAACGCACUACCGUCAGCUGAGCAGGUACUGCGUCUUCUCCCACGAUGAAAUGGUUUGCAACAUGGCCUGCAAGGCUGACAGUAUGGACGUUGACCUGGCUGAUGCUGUGAAAAAAGAGAUGGUCUCCAUGGUGCAGGAGGAGGAGAAGCUAAGGGAGAAAAUAAACAAGAUGGGUGUGGUUCGAUCUCAGCAAGUUGAUUAUGAGGUGCUCCCUGAUGAGGAGCGGCAAUGCUGUAAAUGUCGAACCACCUGCUACCUUUCUGGGAUCACUUGCGUCUGCAGCCCUGGAAAGAUGGUCUGCUUGUACCACGCCCAGGACCACUGCUCCUGUCCGUUUAGCAGCCUGACACUCAAUUACAAGUUCACAAUGCGUGAACUCUGCCUCAUGAUGGAAACAGUGACCCAGCGUGCAGACUCCUACAAAGACUGGGUGUGUAGUGUCCAGGAAAUCCUUGAAAGAAAAGAAAACAAGAAAAAAGGUUUGGAGGAACUUCACAGCCUGGUUGAGCAAGUGGAAACAAACCGGUUCCCUAAAACCAGCCUCCUCGAUCAGCUGCGUAUUAUAGUUUCUGAGGCUGACAAAGUUGCUACGAUGGCCCAGCAGCUCCUUAAUGGGAAGAGGCAGACAAGGUAUCGAUCUGGUGGAGGCAAAUCUCAAAGCCAAAAUGAGCUGUCUGUGGAGGAACUCAGGACAUUUGUCCAACAGUUGGACAGCCUGCCGUGUAACAUCAGACAAGCUCCUUUAUUGAAGGACCUGUUGUGUCGAGUUGAUGAUUUCCAGCAACGUAGCGAAAGGCUCCUCACUGAAGAGACUCCAAGCCCAGUUGAACUUCAGGACCUACUGGAUAUGAGCCUGGGCCUUGAUGUGGAUCUGCCUCAGCUGCCUCAGCUGAGAGAGCGUCUGGAGCAGGCUCGCUGGUUGGAGGCUGUGCAGCAGGCCAGCAGUAGACCAGAUACAUUGUGCUUGGACACCAUGAGGAGGCUCAUUGACCAAGGUGUUGGUCUGGCUCCUCACAGUUCUGUGGAGAAAGCAAUGGCACGACUGCAAGAGCUACUGACUGUUUCAGAGCAGUGGGAGGAGCGGGCGCUGAGUCUCCUGGAUUCCACGCCUGCCCAAAGUGUUGAAGUGCUUGAUGCUGCCCUGCUGGAGGUGGAGAACAUUCCUGCCUUUCUCCCAAACUGUCUGGAGCUGAAGGACGUAGUUGUCAGAGCAAAGGAGUGGCUGGCUGAAGCCGAAGCACUGCAGCUCGGGGGACGUAUACCUGUGCUGGACAACCUUUCAGAGCUGGUACUUCAAGCCAGAGGCAUCCCAGUGUGGCUGAAGCCCCUGGGUCGACUGGAGUCACUGAUUAGUGAUGUUCAGAUCUGGAAGGAGAGUGCAGCCAAGACAUUCCUGCUGAAGAACUCCCAGCUAUCUCUCUUGGAGGUACUCUGUCCGAGGUGUGAUUUAGGAACUGGAUAUCAGAAGUCGAGAUCGAAGAAGUCAAAAGAGGUUUCACCCAGCAGUAAAAGAUCGCCAGCUGCUCUGGACUCACUAUGUGAUGUAGAGAGAGCUCUGACCGAAAGCAAGGACUCAGCCGCCGCAAUGGCCACACUCGCUGAUGUCUGCCAGAAGGAGAUGGAGACGUUGCUCGCUCUCAGGACUUCCAAUGAGUCCAAGUUUCUUCCUACUGAAAACUGUAAUGCACUUAAUGUCUGUAUUUGCCAAAAGGCCCCGUCCGGCGCCAUGGUCCAGUGUGAGCUCUGUAGAGAGCUUUUCCACUGCGACUGUGUGUCGGCGACCGCAGAGCUAGAACAGGGAGACGCCUGGUUCUGCCCUCUCUGUCAUCGUUCGAGGAAACCGCCCCUGGACAAAGUCCUGCCUUUGCUGGCUUCCCUGCAGAGGAUUCGGGUGCGGGUGCCAGAAGGGGACGCCUUGCGCUUCCUAAUUGAGAGGACAGUGCGAUGGCAGCACAGAGUCCAACAGGCCUGCACAGAUGGGAUGUUGGAACGAGUGUCUCGAACGGCAAAGCAUUGUAGCAAAACCAGUAAAAGCAAGUCUUUUCAUCAAGAGCAUCUCUCUCUUCCACUCAAUGGGCUGGAGCCGGAACUGGAGGAGCUCAUGGUGGAAGGCUUUCUCCUGCAGGUCACACUGCCGGAGACAAAAGAGUUGUACAGAUACCUGCUGUACAAACUGGCCCCGCUGCCCUCUGACAGCAGCCCCUGUAGAAACGGCACAGCUCAGGACGAGCACAAGCACCACAGAAAGCAGAACGGCAGCUCUCAUCACAAGAGGGAUAGCAAUGGCCAGAGCAAACGGACCAAGAGGCGCAAGGACAGCUCAGAUUCUCAGAGCAGUGAGAAGGCAAAGAAGCGGCGUAAAAAGAAGUCCAAGAAGAACAAGGAGAGGAGUGAGGAGAGCAGGAGAAGUCCUUCGCCCUCUCACUCGGUGUCCGACCCUGCUGGAUCUGAUUCAGAGGAAGACUAUUCACUGUGUGCUGCACCGUGGUGCAGAGAGCCGGAGGGGGACGAGGUGAACUGGGUCCAGUGUGACGGCAGCUGCAACCAGUGGUUCCACCAGGUUUGCGUUGGACUGUCAGCUGAGCGGGCGGAGAGCGAAGACUAUAUUUGCAUAAGCUGCACGCAGCCUAACUAUGACCAAGGCGACUGAGGACCUCGGCGUGCGGAGCAUCAGUGUUUCUGCAGCCGCAGCACUCAAAGUGCACAUGAACUCUGCCCCUCGUGUCUUACCCUGUUACCUACUGGCUUGCCCUUAGUGAAUACGGUGCUGAUCGUUUCCAUGGUUACAAAGGACACUGUUUUUCGUCAGAUGGCUGUUUUGUCAGCCAAUCUACUAAUCCUUUCUGAAACUUUCCAGAACUUGAUGCAGAUGCAUAACAUGUUGGAAACGGCCGCAACGCAGGGAUUUUUCAACCAAAAGACGUUCAGUUUUUGACCUGUUUUUUUUUAACAAGCAUCUGAGCAAUGUGAAGUUUCUCUCGUAGAGUUAAUAUUAUUUAUCGAAGCAAUAACUGAACCCUAGUUAAGGUUCGGUUUUCACCUAAGCUAUCUUUGUGCUUAGAAUAGAAGGCCUUGUUGAACCCUUUCAGAAUUCACUUUAUAAAUCCUUCUGAUAUUUUAACAGUUCAGUCGAAUGAUGUGAACAGGAAGAAUCAGAGGCAGCAGCGCUGAAUGAAGUCUCACUGCCUGCACUUUUUAAUCAGAAUGUGCAAAGAACUUUUUACAGAGAUUUGCAGUGGCCCGAUUUGGGAUGCGAUAAGUUAUUUUUGUCCUGCGCGUGGAGCGAGGAACUCUUAUUGUUCACAGAAUGAGAAUGAACUGUCUGACGUCAAAGGAAUGUACUAUUGUUUUUCGAGUGUACUCGCCCUGUAUGAGCUGGGGGAAGGUUCUGUUGGAUUUAGAAUUAACACAGUUUCAGAUUUCUUUGCCACGGGUAAAACAACUUCUCCUUUGAGUAAAUAAUAUAAUUCAUAUGUUUGCAGUUUGCAUUAUAAUAUAAAAUGUUGGUGGGAUUUUCUGUAAUAAACCAAUU